AUGACGUUAAUUGUUUCGGAGAGGAGGAGAUUGAUCUACAGACGAUGGCCGGCCCCGACUGACGUGGAUACUCAAAUGCCGGACGCGGGAGGAGCUGCGGCAUCGUCGGAAUCGGAUUUGUCCUUGGAGAACUUCUUGAACAAUGGCUUAAACACGAACUCUAUCGCCAACCAUCCCACCGCCAACACUCCCACCACAACCGUCGCUGUUUGUUUCUUACCUGUUGGUUUCUCCAGUUUUGGGAAUUUGCUUUCUGUUGACUUGUCCAUUGCUGCCCUAUUCUUCUUCUUCUUCCUCUUCUUCUUUCCUUUCUGCCUUUAA